UGUUGCCUGUUUGUUUACGAGUAAUUUUGGCGUCAAUUUGUUUUUAAUAAUUAUUAAGUUUAUUAACUAUAUAACAAUACAAAGCCAUGGAGGCCAAGAAGAUAUCUUUUGGCUUUAGUAAGUUAUCCAAGAAGCCAAAUAUUCUGCCCAGCAAGCAGCCAAAAGAGGAAAGCAAGGUGGAGUUGAUAAAAUGCUUGGAAGGAAACGAAAUUAUGCCAGUCGCCGAAAAAGUAGAAGCUGCUCCCCUUACAAUCAAAAUGAUCGGCAUGCAGAAGACUUCAUCCGCCUUGGCGAGCCUUAUGAGGAGGCGGGCAGUUCUGCUGGGCGAGGAGGAACCCGAUCCAGAGGAGGUGACUCCAGCGGCCCAGUCUAUAUCAGAGGUUACCGCAGGGGGUCCCACGGAAAGUCUGGAACAGAGAGCAGCGCGGGAAUUAAUAUCUGCCAGCCAAAACAACGGUGCCGAAGGUCUAGACGGCCAGAAACUUGUCCUGCCCGCCCUAAAAGCAGACGAACUGCCUCUCGAUGGUGCCAAGGAGGCAACCCUGGAUGACUACGACAACAUACCUAUCCAACAAUUUGGCUUAGCCAUGCUGCGCGGCAUGGGCUGGGUUGAUCCACCGCCAAAAAAGAAGGGGUCAGGGCCCAUUGAUGAUGCCCCCUUUCUGCGACCCAAAGGUAUGGGCCUGGGAGCAGAUAAGGCACUCAAACCUAAAGCUCUCCUGGUCCAGCCGGAGAAGAACGAGGUACUGGAGAUCAAGAAGCUGGCGUACGUGCGCAUCCUGGGCGGAAAGCAGAAGGAUCAGUAUGGACAAAUACAAGGUUUCGAUGACCAUGCAGGGCGAGUUAUUGUCAAAAUGGCUAUUGGUGGAGCCAAAGAGGCGUUCAACGAGUUCCUUUGUCAACCCGUAUCCCGCAAGGAGUACUCUCAGUAUGGCAAGUGCAUAAACACUGCCAAAUACGAAGAGUUCAAAAAAUGUGAAAACGAGCAUGGCCAGAUUAUUGUAAAGCAGGAAAAUCCGUCAGCAAGAAGGGACCGCAGGGAAGAAAUUAGAUCACAUCGGGACGAAGCUCAAGAUCAAAAGAGUUUGAAGCCGGAGGACCAGAGAUCUAGCAAAGAAGACUAUCGCAGGAGAUACAAGGAAGAAGAUAAAAGGUGUUACAAAGAUGAAGAUAAAAAACUGUACAAAGAGGAGCAACGCAGACCGUACAAAGACGAGGGCAAAUUUUAUAAAGAAGCCAAAUCUUACAAAGAGGAGGGGGGCCGAGAAAAAAAGAAGUAUGUGCAAGAUUCACGGAGUAGUAGCUCCUCCAUAUCUAAGCGCGAGGAACGUGAGCGUCGUCGUUCGCCGAGUCCCAGAGGCAGAAGUCCAUCUAAAUCUAAGCGGGAGGGCCGUGACCGAAGGCGUUCGCCAAGUCCCCGGAGCUCCAGAAGAGCAAAGAGUAGUUCAGACGAGGCGGACGAUACGGGAGAGUCCACCGAGAGCGACUCAGACUCUGCAUAUGAGCGCAGAAAGCACAAGAAAAAAUCAUCCAGCCGCAAAUCAAGAAAACACUCAAAGAAGUCCAAAAACAAAUCGAGGAAGGAGGACGACUCCAGUUUGGAGAGCGAUGACAGCCUUGAUGGAAACCAUCGUCGGCACCCCAGCAAGCACAAAAAGAAAACCAAGAGGAGCAAGCACGUCAGAUCCCGCACGCGGUCAAGGUCAAGAGACCGGAAGUGAUUGA